CUGAACAAACAUUUACUUGACGACACCUUAACAACCUUAGAUUUAGUCGGAGAUUUUCAUUUUUGAAUAAUUCGAAUCUCACUCUACCACCGCUAGAUCUUCGCCGGCCGAGGCUAAGCCCGGAACGGCCGAGGCUCCUAUUGGUUCUUGGCUCCCGCAUGCGCAUUCUCCGACUUCCAUCUUCGGUGCACCUUUUCUCUAGUAAUACUAGGCCCACAUUGCGACCUCUUGUUUUUUGAUUCACGCACAACAUUUCAGGAUUGUUAUACGUCCUCUCUUCCUUCCUGUUCAGUCCCUAGUCGCACUACAAAAGUAUGCUUUCGCGAGAGCGCGCGCGCCCACCAUCACUGCGCAAUCCCUCGGUACAGCAGAUUCAUUAGUGCACGACGCUCGCCUGCGUCAUGAUUGCCUUCUCUUUUCGCCGCUGGUUCAUUGCUAUGAUCGCACUCACUGUAGUCUCUACUUUUUAUUUUUUCGGAUUCCAGAAAGUCUCUCUCGAAGAUGUCCAGCGCCAAAUGCGCCACCCCAAGUAUUCCACCGACCGCGAGACCGAAUCCGCGCGUAUGGACUACGCGUGGUAUGAUUAUAUGAAGAACCCACCAUUGGGUCAGGUCAAUGCUGAACUGCCUGAGGGUGCCACACGAGGCACUCCUAUGCCAACGCCGAACGCAGAACUGGAGUAUAAAACGAUUCUAGAGCAGGAGGAAGAGGAGGAGAAACAAGAGGAGCAGAAUAAACUAAAGAUUCCGCCCGCGCAACCAUUUCCCAUCCCAGCUUUCAGCCCCGGUAAUCCCACGCUACCAUCCUCAGAAUACUCUCGCAUGCUUGUCCUGAUGGCAAAUAAGGACGAGAUCAGCAAUCUUGAAUGGAUCCGAGAAGCUCUCACCGGCGAAUCUCUUCUUGGCAGCAUAACCUACAUUCUCGAUGACGACAAGUCCGCACACCCAGCCUCAUACGGUAAAUCGUCCGUCUACCUCGACUACAUCAUCAACCACUAUAAUUCUCUUCGCGAGAUUACCCUCUUCAUGCAUGCCGAACAAGGGGCAUGGCAACUCGACCGCCUCCUGAACAACUCUGCUCAAUCCGUUAUCUCCCUCCUGGACCACCACAAGGUCAUUGAAGACGGCUUUGUACCUCUACGCUGUACGCUCUCCCCUGGCUGCCCCACAGAAGGAGACAUCUUUCCCAACAAAUCUGAUCAAUACGAGGACCAUCCGCAAGAUAUUGUCAUGAACUCUGUGUGGAAAGACUUCUUCGGCGCACAACAGCCCCCAAAGCGCCUCGCCGAACCCGCAUACGGUCAAUAUGCCCUCUCGCGCGAACGUAUCCAAGCCAUUCCGAAGAGCCAAUAUGAGUAUCUCCUCAAGCGACUCGCUGCCAGCGCUUUUAGUGAAGAAGAACUGGACAACUUUUGGAGUCACGCGUGGCAUUAUCUAUGGAGUGGUGAGGAAACGCGCUGUGCUGCUGAAGAUGUGUGCUUCUGUGAGACCUAUAGCAUAUGCUUCAAAGACACGACUGAGUACGAAAUGCAUGCGCGCGAGCUAACAGACUUACUAAGCAAAGAAACAUCUGUCCCCGCACUUGCUGGCAAGGAAGAUAUGUUGAAUGAAAUCAAUGAGCUGAAGCAGAAAUUGGACGUGCGCUUCGCUGAGGCACAAGCGCGUGGUGAGAAGAAAAAAGAGAAUAGCAUGAGUAGUAAAAUCAGUGCAGAGUUGGAGAUAUUAGAUAGUAAGUUCGAUAAGACUGUAGAUACAACAACAGAUGGUGUUAAGGGGUUAUGGGACGCGGUUAAAGAGUUUGCAGGCACGGAAGACGGAAAGAAGCUAUUGGAAACAGGUAGCGAUGAGGGGCAUGUUGUUCUGGAGGAGAAGAAGCCUAAGCCCAAACAAGGCUACAGUCCUGGUGCGGAGAGAAGGAGAAGAUCAAGGGCUUUCAAUGGGGCGGUUGGUGAUCUGAUAUAAUGUGAACGAUCGGCAAUGAGUUGAGCUUCGGUCUCCUCGGGUUACAGCUUGGGAAAUAGCUUGCAGUACGGCUUGGAGCACAGUUAGUGCACUUUAGAAGGUAGUUGUACGUGUCAAAGCGUGAGUGUGAUAUUCUUUUUUGUACAGUUUGAUCGAUGGAGUUGUUAGGAGUUCGUAGUUCGUGAAUCGCAUAGCCCUGUUUACGUUCUGCGUAGAUAUCAUGUAAUGCGAAACUUAGGCUUUUAGAUGUAAUUGGUGUACUAUAAACUACGCUGGAGAGGGUUAUAUAAGUAUGAAAAUAGAAAGUCUACUACUUAGU